AUGUCGAGGCGUCUCCCGACGCACGCGGGGUCGAACGUCAUCGUAUACAUGACAGGCCACGGCGGCAAGGGCUUCAUGAAGUUCCACGACAAGGACAUGCUCCUGUCGGAGGACCUGGGGCUGGCCCUCGACGACAUGCACGCGGCGGGGCGCUACCGCGAGAUGCUGCUGCUCGUCGACACGUGCGAGGCCGCAACCAUGCUGACGGGCGUCCGGGCGCCCGGCAUCACGGCGGUGGCCAGCAGCCUGCGCUCGCAGAGCUCUCACAGCCACAUGCACAACAGCGAAGUGGGCAUCUCCGCGGUAGACGAGUUCGCCUACGGGGUUGGGAAGGCCAUGAAGGAGAUCGACGGCUACCGCAGCUCGAUGACGCUGCGACAGUUCCUGGGGAUCGCGGCGUCGGUCGUGCAGCAGAGCGACAUGUCCGUGGUGCCCCCCGUCGUGGACGGCGUCAGGGAGGAGGGGUACAUUGACGCGCGCACUGCAGCGCACUUCAUGGCGCCGCCCCCGGUGCCCACGUCCGGCGGGGUCGUCGAGACGUACCCCACGGGCCUGCGGUUCUAG